ACCGUCACCACCACCGUCACCACAACAACAACCACCACCACUACCACUGUCACCACCACCACUGUCGUCACCACCACCACCACCGCCGCCAUGGUGGAGCGCGCCCUGCUGCUGGGCGAGCCGGGGAUCACCAAGUCUGUGCUACACGCAGGCAGGGGGGAACUGCCCCAGUACGCGGAUGGCACCAAGGUGACGUUCCACUACCGCACGCUGCACGAAGGCAACGGCAGCGGCGGGGAGGAGAAUGCGGAGGGCGGAGCCACGCGCACGCUGGUGGACGACAGCCGCUGUGGGCCCAAGCCCAUGGAGCUCAUCGUGGGAAAGAAGUUCAAGCUGAGCGUGUGGGAGACGCUGCUCAGCUCCAUGAGGCUCGGAGAGGUGGCGGAGUUCUGGUGCGACGUGCAGCACGUGGGCCUGUACCCGACGGUGUCCCGCAGCCUGAGGAACAUCGCCGAGGGUCGCGAUGCCCUCGAGGGCCAGCGGCACUGCUGCGGGAUGGCCCAGAUGCACGACCGUCGCUCGCUGGGCCACACCGACCUUGACGAGCUGCAGCGCCACCCGCGGCCGCUCAUCUUCAUCCUCGACGUCCUCAAGGUGGAAGAGCCGGGGGCGUACCGCCCAGAGACGUGGGCCAUGAGCGACGGGGAGAAGAUGGACGCCGUGCCCCUGCUGCACGAGGAAGGGAACGCCGCGUUCGGACGCGGGGAGCACGCUGAGGCCGCCGCCAAGUACUACGAAGCCAUCGUGUGCCUCAAGAACCUGCAGAUGAAGGAGCGUCCCGGUGAUGAACAUUGGCUGCGUCUGGACCUGAUGAUCAACCCCCUCCUGCUCAACUACUGCCAGUGCAAGCUGCUCAUUGGGGACUUCUAUGAAGUCAUCGAGCACACGAGCAGCAUCAUCAACAAAUAUGACGACAACGUGAAGGCGUACUUCAAGCGAGGCCGUGCCCACUCGGCCGUCUGGAACGAGCGAGAGGCUCGCUCCGACUUUGACCGCGUGUCCGCCCUGGAGCCCGCGCUGGGCAGGGCCGUGCGGCGGGAGCUGCAGGCGCUGGAGCAGCGCCUCCAGCUGAAGAAUGAGGAGGACCGCCAUCGCUACAGGGGGCUGUUCAACUAGG